UGUAACUGGAGAUUGUGCGCACUGCGCAGUGUCAACAGGUUGGCUUUGCAUUUAGUCGUCUCACUCAUAAUGCGUGUGUUUUGGGGAUCUCCGUCCCUUGACAUCGGUCGGGGAAAAAAUAGGAGUUUUGACCGCAGAACGGACCAAAAUGUAGCACGAUAGUGUGGUGUGGACUAUGGGAGAAUCACAGACGUAAUCUUGCUCGCAGGUUGGCUGGCAUAUCCAGGUGGUGCGUAACGCUCUCGGGUAGACAGCUUGUUGACUUGCAGACUGCUGUUUUUCGUGCAGGAAAAAUGCGAAGAGAUGCGGAGUGUGUGCGGGCAUUGACUCUGGUGUGGCUUCUGUCUUGGAUGUCAUAUAUCGUGUGUCAUUAUCCACCUGGGAGGCCCAGACUUACGAGAUGUCGGUCCCCUGAGAAAGAAACCUUCACCUGCUGGUGGGAGACGGGAUCUUCAGGUAGAUUGCCCACCAGCCAUCAUCUGUAUUACAGAAAGGAGAGCUCUGCGGAAGUCUUUGAAUGUCCAGAUUAUCAUUCAGCAGGGAACAACUCCUGCUAUUUCGAUAAGCGGCACACGUUGAUUUGGAUCAUAUACAACAUCACAGUGGUGGCGUCCAACGCACUGGGGAAAACCUAUUCUGACUCUGUGGAAGUAGAUGUUAUGGAUAUAGUUCAGCCUCACCCUCCAGAGAAUGUCACCGUGUCUUUAAUUCAGGCCGAGAACAACGUUUACAUCCUGGUGCGGUGGGAACCCCCCCGUGAUGCAGACACACGCUCAGGAUGGGUGACAAUAAAAUAUGAAAUUCGUAUAAAACUGGAGAAUAGCACGGAGAACAGCAACAGCUGGGAGUCAUAUAGUGCUGGAAAACAGCUGGAGUUCAGCAUCUACAGUCCUCAGCCAGGUGCAUCUUACCUCAUACAGGUGCGCUGUAAACUCGACCAGGGCCAGUGGAGUGAAUGGAGCUCUUUCGCAUUCAUCCAGAUCCCAGACAGAACCUCAGACAAUGCGGUCAUGAUCUUCUCUGUGACUCUAACCGCCUUUAUUUUCUCACUGACUGCCGGAGUGCUGGCUGCCAAGAUGAAACACGUGAAACGUUUUCUGCUGCCACCAGUUCCACAACCGAAGAUCAAAGGCUUAGAUAUAAAACUUCUCAAGAAUGGAAAGUCUGAGGAGAUCUUCAGUGGUCUUCUCAUUCAAGAAUAUCCCCAGAUAGCCCAGAACCUCGAGCGUCAAGUGGAGUUCUUCGUGAUCUCAAACGGUGACGAGGAGUUCGAUGGCCAAGCACAUCUCGAAUACAAAACAGAUCCUGCACGAAAGCUUCCUCGAAACUGCAAGCAGACCAUCCAGAACAGCAGCGAGGAGGUAAACUCCACACGAUUAAUGUGUCCUGGUCCAGGAUGUGACCAUCAGGACUGCACAGUUAAAGAUUCUCUGAUUCUGAGCGGCCACGGAGAGACUCAACCACAACUUUACCAUGACUGUAGCGGCUUGCUGAUAAAAGCCCAGGAACAAAAUACAGCCAACACUCCGAGUGAAGGUGAAACUGACAGCAGAGUCAGCAUCACUCCGGCUGAACUCACAGGUUACGUUGAGGUCGAUAAAGAGAAACAAGACCAGGAGGAUUACAGUAAAAUCAGUGACAUUAUCAGUGAUAAUAUCCUCGUGCUACAUAAAGACGCAGCCCCCAUACAAAGACCCAAAGAGGGGAAAUGUGACCAAAUAAAGCGUGAAACCGAGGAAACCAGAGGUGACGUUGAACCACUGGAAUAUUUGGAAACUGUGACUUUUGAAUGAAACGUUUGUCUUGUGAAAACUGUCAAAGCACUUUGUAAAUGUCAGAGCAAACUUUGAUUUAUAUGUUCUCUAUUAUCCUGUUUCUCUUUAAGGAAAGUGACUUUUCUCUGUUGACUUAUUUAAUAUGGAUCUAAAAACAGGAAGCUGCUAUAAGAGGUCGGCGUUCAUAGUGAAGAUUCUUUUUCCAAACCAUUACACAUCCACCAAAUGCUGUUAAAAAAUACCUUACUACAGAUCAUUAAAUUAAUUGUUAAAUAUAGGAAAAACGUAUGGAAGGAGGCUUUGCCUCUCUCUCUCUCUGGCACUUUUCUCAAUGCUUGCUGCUACUGAUUUUUUAUGAGAUUCCUCUGACCGGUCAAAAAUAAUUUCACAGUGUACAGUAUUUAUUCCUGUCAGGUCCUGUUUGAUUCUUUUUAUUUAUUACACGGCUCGUUGGAAUGCUUGAUUCUGAUUGGCCAGUCGCGACAUUUGCAGGUUCCUCAUUCCCAGAUAACAACCUCUCAAAACUAAUAACACAGUAACCCGGAUGCAGCAAAUCAUUUUGACAGUUUUUUUGGACUAAUUAAAUAUAAAUAUGUCUUUUAAUAACAUAUAUGACAUUAUAUUUACAAAUGAUUAAACCAAAUUGCCUGUUCGUGACUGUUGAACAUCGUUUCUUACCUUAAAACCUAAAUGAAACAGCUUUUCCUCGCGGAAGGUCGGCAUUCUGUAAAAAUGAGCUAAUAAAAUAUUUCAA